AUGGCGAGCCACACACAUCUAUUCGGCGCGGUGAAGACGGCGCGCUGCGGGGCGAGCCCCGUUAAGCGCCAUCGCCCUGUCCCGCGGCUCUACGCGUCAAUAGGCAGAACCGGAGCGAGGGACGCGGCUCCCAGCAGAGCUGCUCGCCCGCCUCCUCUCUCCGCGGCGCGGCCAGGAGCUUGCGCUGCCUCGGGGCGGGUCCCGGGGAAGGGGCGGGGGCGGCCUGGCACUACAGGCUCCAUUUUGCGAGUGCAGAGGCAGCGAAUUGACGGCUCAGAAUGUCAUACCCAGGCUAUCCCCCUUCAGGCUAUCCUGCUUUCCCUGGAUAUCCUCCUACAGGACAAGAGUCUGUUUAUCCACCUGCUGGUCAAUAUCCCUAUCCACCUGUUCCUGGAGGCUUCCCUCCUGUGGGAGGUGGUGCAUAUCCUGCAGCACCACCGAGUGGUGGGUUCCCAGGAGCUGCAGGAUACCCUGCACCUGGAAGCUACCCUGGAGCUCCGCAACCUGGAGGGGGCUACCCUGGAGCUCCCCAACCUGGGGGGAUGCCAUCUUAUCCCGGAGCUCCUACAGGUCCUGGGUUUGGUGUCCCCCCUAAUGGAUCUAGCUUUGGUGGUUAUCCUCAACCUCCAUCUCAAAGCUAUGUGGGAGGUGGACCAGCACAAAUACCAGUGGGAUACCCUGGUGGACAAGUACCUUCCCCAAUGCCUAGUCAGGUAUGUAUUUUACUACUUUCAUAAUAAAACUGAGCACUACAUUACAGUUUUAAUGGGGAAAAUGACAGUCUGUCUCUUUACAAUAGUUCUGGGUGGGUGGGUGGUGGGCAGAGAAGGGGAGAUGUUGGCAGUAAUUCUGCAGGCAAUGUUACAGUCUGUUCAGUAAUAGCCCUUUAUGUGU